CUUUCUCUCUCUCUGCUGUCUGCCUCUCAACCUAAAAAUCGCUGUCUGUACCUAUCAUCAUAUCAGUACCAUCCCUCUUUCUGAAAAACUCUGUCACCAUGAGAGUGAGAGCCAAACUCUUCUGAUCCAAAUAAAAAACCUCUUAAAACAAUCAAUAAAUCAAUCCUUCAAUAUAUAUAUACUAUAUUAUAGAGAUAUAUAUACAUAAAAAGACCCUUUAAAUCUAUUUAUCUAUAGCUUUUUAUAGCUAUAGUUUUGCAUGAAUGAUUCUAAUAUCACUACUACCAAUAUACCAUAUCCUCUUCAUCCUUUUCUUCUUCAACUUCUACCAUGGCUUUUCCACCUUCUCACACUUUCAUCUUUCAAACUCAUGAAGAUCAUCAUCAUGACCACCUUCAUUCUUCUUCAUCUUCUCUCAACUCUUUCCCUUCCUUUCCACCUCAUCAACACUUUCAAGGUAGUGGCAACCAUGGUGGUGCAUCUUACAUGAUGAAGAGAUCCAUGUCAUUUUCAGGCAUAGAAAACAAUCACAACCACAUGAACAAUAAGUGCGAUGAAUUAAUGCAUGGAGAUGAAGAUCAAUUAUCAGAUGAAGAAGGUUACUCCCAACUUGGUGAAAAGAAGAAGAGGCUGAGUUUGGAACAAGUGAAGGCACUUGAGAAGAGUUUUGAGAUUGGAAACAAACUUGAACCUGAUAGGAAAAUGCAAUUGGCUAAAGCUUUGGGAUUACAACCUAGACAAGUAGCUAUAUGGUUUCAAAAUAGAAGAGCAAGGUGGAAAACAAAGCAACUUGAGAAAGAAUAUGAAGUUCUUAAGAAGCAAUUUGAAUCUCUUAAGGCUGAUAAUGAUUCUCUUAAGGCUCAAAAUCAUAAACUUCAUGCAGAGCUACAAACUCUAAAGAAUAGGGAUUGCUUUGAAAAUGGAACAAUUAGCCUCAAAAAGGAAAAUGAAUAUUCUUGGAGCAAUGGAAGUGAUAACAGCUCAGAUAUGAAUCUAGAUCUUUCUAGAACACAAAUAAUGAGCAGUCCUUUAUCUUCACAAAAUGGAAAAACUCUUCUACAAACUUCCCUUAAGCCUACAAGCAUGACACAACUCCUUCAAUCUUCAACAAGAUCUGAUCUUCAAGAUGAAAGUUUUUGCAAUAUGUUUCAUAACAUUGAUGAGCAGCAGAGUUUAUGGCCUUGGACUGAUCAUCAGCAGCAACACCAUUUCCAAUAAAACUCACGAUCAGACGCGAAACCAAUUUAAAAAGGUUAAAUUGCACUACUGUGAACUUCGAUGAAUAUUUGGGAUCUGAGUUUUCUACGGUUGGGAAUGAAUUCUUCGCAUUCACGUAUUUGGACCGUUUGAAUCAUAAAAAUAAAAUCUAUAUUUUAUAGAUUGUCUGAUUUUGAUUGAACGGUCAAAAAUAUCUCAAAUGUAUGAAUGUGGGACUCACUGACAGUGUGAAUUUGGAUUCUCAAUAUUUUAGAGCGAAAAUGAAGAGAAAGUUCACUGGACUUAGCUUUCCUAUCAGUUUUUUUUUAUUUAUUUCUUUUCAAUUUAUGUUUGUGUAGAUUGGUGUAUAAAGUUGAGACAAAUCUACUUGAAGCAUGAAAGAGGUGGUGAACUUUUGAGUAGUGCACCUUCUUUUCCAUUA